AUGCCAAAGAUCAUCUCAGUACUGCAGUGUGUAGAUGGUAACAUUCCUGUGAAACCUGUCAUUCUGGUGCAAAGACAGGACAGUAAACAUUCAUUGGUUAUGCCACUGGAAAAUGCAGAAACCAGAGAGGAAAAGAGGAAGAUUAUGGAGUUCCAUAUACCCAAGUGGUCGGAUGGUGCUCCUGAGAAAGAGAAUUGCAAGAUGUCAGAAGAAGAACACUUGAUCUCUAACCCCUUUUCAACUGAGAACAACAGAAGACCAAAAAGAGAAGUAACAUUUUCUCAAGAGGUCAUAGUUGUGGAUCUUGGGGAAGAAAACAAUGACGAACCUCAGUGUUACACCAGAGAACAUAAAGAUAAAAAAUGA